ACCUGACUGAGUGAUGCUCCGAAAGCCUUGAUUAGGAAACGUCUCCAAGUGGAGAUUCUUGUUCCCGUCUGGCUGGAGGAGUUUAUUCUUGUAAGAGCGCGCGCUCGGUUCACAUCGCGUUGGCUAGGUUCUUGAUCAUCCUCUCGUGUACGGGCUUGCCGUCGAAGUUAUCGGUUUUUGCUGUGCGAUCAUACUUUAUUCAAUUAGCGUGCAAGUGUUAAUUCGGAGCGGUUUUUUGGGGACAUUUCCUGCAUUGCUGGAUGGUUUUACGAAAGUACAGUUAGAAGAGUGAUUUUGGGUUUAUAUUUGGUAGUGAGGCAACCAAACAGAAAUCACUGCAAUUCCUGAAUCACUUCCCAGAUUGAUUCAAAAUUAAGCUGUAGUAUAACUGCACAAUCGAUCUUCCCAUUCACCCUAGAAUGUACAAUUUAUGGUCAUCAAAUGCACUGCACAAAAUGCUUAACAUGAGUUUGAUUCUGCUACUCAUUAUUCCGUACGGCAAAGGACAACCACAGAUUACUGCGCUGGAUUCACCGAUCUUCGUGGAAAAAUUUCGCAGUCUUCGCGGCUUUGCUCUAAACUUUAUCGGUACCACCGGGGAUGAUAGGAACAAAUUCAAAGUGAAUCAACGAGGCGGGAAAGUGCAAACCCAGUAUCCUGAAGAUUUUCCAUUUUUCUGCAACACCACCGGAAUGAGAAGUCCCACAGCUCCGAACUCUGUGAAUGAGCUACGUCCAGGCGAUAUAGACAUUGUGGGAGCCAUUGGGGACUCGCUAACAGCCGGUCAUGGUGCUAUGGCCACAAAUAUACUGGAAGUUAUGGUCGAGAAUAAAGGUCUCUCUUGGAGCAUCGGCGGUCAAGGCACCUGGAGACAGUUUCUUACGAUACCAAACAUAUUGAAAGAAUUCAACCCAAAUUUAUAUGGGUAUCCAAUCAAGGAUGGCAUUUCGAUAAGGAAAGCCUCACGCUUCAAUGCAGCUGAGGGAGGCGCCAUGAGUCAAGAUAUUCCACACAUGGCAAGGAACCUAGUCAAACGAAUGCUCUCUGAUCCACGCGUCGAUAUUGAGAACCACUGGAAGCUGAUUACCAUUCUGAUAGGAGGUAACGACUUUUGUGCCAACAUUUGCUACACGAACCCACCGGAGAAAACUUUGGUUUACCACGAGAAGAACAUAUUGUCUGCUCUAAGGACAUUUAGAGAUUAUCUGCCUCGUACCUUCGUGAACCUGGUGGCAAGUCCAAAUGUUGAAGUCCUAACUCGGUUCAAAGGAAAACCACAACAGUGUGUCACGAUGCACGUGAUCGAAUGUCCCUGCUUCCUGGCGACGCGUUUCAGCCGGGAAAAGAAACGGUACGUAAAACUGAUCGAGAAAUGGAAUCAUCUCCAGAUGGACAUUGCAAACCGAGAGGAAUUCAACAACAAGCCCGACUUUGGUGUGGUGUUCCAACCGUUCAUCAUGAACCUUACGUUUCCGGACACUCCGAGCGGAAACACUGACUUCAGCUACAUGUCCCUGGACUGUUUCCAUCUGAGUCAAAAAGGCUACGCACGCGCUUCCAAUGCACUGUGGAAUAAUAUGCUGGAACCGAUCGGACAAAAAUCCAGUGCCUGGGAGGAAGAAUUCACCAACUUCAAAUGUCCAUCGUCAGAAAUGCCGUAUAUUCGAACAUUGGGGAAUAGCUAGAAUGGAGUUUUAAGACCUAUCGUAUAGGAGAUAUUUUGCAACUGUGAUAAGACUGUACGCUGGUAUAACCGGUUGGUGUUCCAUGUCAAAUAAUGCAAAUAUUGUGACGAGUAUCUCAUGCCAGAUGAUAGUUAGGAAAUACAUAAUACGUAAUACUCUGAUAGCUGAAUUAAUUUUCCGAAAAGAUUUAAUAAAAUAGACAACAUUC